CAGAUUGGGUCUUAAUACAAAAUGGGGCUGGUUGACGCACCAUUAUGGCUGGCUGCCCAUCACUCGGCAGUCCUUUUUCAUGUGUCUGCUUGCGCUGGCAAGGCUGGCCAUCUGGCUUUGGGGUCCGAAGCCGAAGCAGCAAGCCGGUAAUUCUCUCGCCGAUAGAAUCGUUCGCCCGGGCGCGUUGGGUCACCCAUCGGAUGGAGAUUUGCCUUUGGAUCAGGGCUCCGGCGAGGGAGAUGGCCUUGAUUCUGGAAAUGGGAAGCAGAUGGGCAUUGCCGAACAGGAGGGGAAGAAGGAUCGUUGACCUCGUUUGCGUCUCUAGUCAAGUGCCCUGGAUGGUGGGCGAUAUAUUGGACAUGAUGAACGUGGUAAUGUGAAUGCACGACCGCAUGCAACUACAAAAUCGUCUACAAAGACCACACUGUGGGAGGAAUUACGGGAGCAUUGUGGCCUGACACCGUAAUGCAGAGAAGAUGGCAUGUAAGAUUGAGUAAAC